CAUUGUUCAUCAAGUUCUUCAAUCUUGAAAUCUUUUAAAACCCCAACUACAAUUUUGAUUCCCUCAGUUUGCUCGUUGUUUCAUCCAAUUACGCUUUCUCUCUCAUCACUAGCGUUUGAGUUCGAUCGUGCUAUUCAAUCUGGUUCAUCAUAACAGGAAGCAAUGGAGAAAGAGGGGGAAGUUGGGAAGGAGAAUCAAGAAAUUGAAAGCGAGAAAGAGCGUAUUGAGAUAAAGGUACUGUUCUUUGCUCGUGCUAGAGAUGUAAGCGGGAUGAGUGAUAUGAAAUUGGAAGUUUCGUCUGGUAGCACGGCGGGUGAUUGCUUGGAUCAAGUUAUUGGGAAGUUUCCGGGGUUGAAAGAGCUGCGCGGAUGCAUCGUGCUGGCUCUGAACGAGGAAUACACGAUGGAGUCCGCGGUGGUUAAGAAUAAAGAUGAGUUAGCCAUUAUACCUCCUAUAAGUGGAGGUUAGUUUUGAUCAUCAUACUUGCAGUCUUCUGAUACAAUACAAUGUUAUACAAUAAAAUUGAUUUAUACUUAUCAUCCUUGUAAACAAACUCUUAUGAACCCAUUGAUAAUGGUAUUAUCCUGCUUCAUUUCUAGAUAAAAACCUUAAAAGGGAGUUGUACAUGAUGUUUGUUAAAAGAAUUUGACU